UUUACAGAGUCUCAAGUGUUUCACAUCCAUCCUAACAAUUCUCAACGGGCCUUUAAAGUUGUUUGUAGGAUGCCACAAGGUCAAACACAGUUCUUUAAGCGACGUUCUGACAGUAACUACGUUAACUUCACCCGUCCAUGGGAAGACUACAAAAAUGGAUUCGGAAACUUCAGUGAAACUGGCAACUUUUGGACAGGACUGGAUAUGAUAUAUCAUGUGACUAACAAUCGCCCACACAGCAUGCAGGUUUUUAUAUUAUUUAAAGAAGAUGGGAUACUCGUGAGGAGGUGGCAUUUCUACACUGGUUUUAAGGUGAGCAGUGAGAAUUAUGGUUAUAACUUCACGUUUUCGUCCUCUGCAUCACCCGGUGGCAACAAAAAUCCAGGGAUUGAUGGGAUGUCUGCGUUUCUAGGAGCUAGAUUUUCCACUUAUGAUGUUGACAACGACAACGACAACAAUACGAACUGUGCAAACGUCCACCAGUCAGGGUGGUGGUUCACUACAUGUGACGGCUACAACCCUACAGGGCAGCCGCAACCUCCAUCAGUCCAAUACAAGACAUCGGACCCGACUCAACUGUCCUGGCCUCACUCACUAAACUACAGCUCUAUCAGUUUUGGUAUGUUUGUGUUUGCCGAAAAGAACUGAAGUGUGAUGGAAUACACACUAAUAUGAUUGCUUUACAUUCCUGUUGGGACAGACAACAAACAAAGUGGCAAUUCGUUCCUAGAUAUGUGUUGAGGUCGUGGUGUGCACCGCCGAAUGUGCAACUAGAAUAUUGUUGAAUGGGACAUGAUACAUUACUCACUUACACACCAAUGAGGGUAUCUGCGAAAAAUUGCUGCAGUUUUUAUUACACUAAGUCAUCAAAUAUAUACAUAUAUAAGAAACAUGUCUGUUGUGCAGUUUCUAGUUCGUUUAUAAAAGAGUAAAGAGAAGGAGGCAUAUGAUACACACCUGAAGAACACCAAUGUCA